AGUCAGAGCAGUGAAAGACUCAGAAACCCUCAGAGUGGCCUCCUACUCUAUCGUUCUCACCUUUUUGCACAGUCCAUAUAUCAUGGCAUACUGUGUUUAGACAUUGUGCGACCAGUACAGACAGUUUAGCAGUGGAAUACGGGAAAGAGAGAAACCUGAGGAGUCCUCUUCAAUCUGUGGAGACAAAGAAACUCAGAUGUGCUGCUGAAAAGCUCACAAUGAAGCUGCUGUUCGUCCUCCUCGUUUCCUGUGCGUGGACUUUAAUUGGAGCCCAGAAUUACUACCAGGCACUGAUGGAUUAUCUUGAGAACAGAUUGUUGGCUAUUGAGGACCGGAUGCAGCUGUGGCAUGACCAUGCCCAUCAAUACCACACAGAGAUGCUGGAUUUUAAAAAGCUAACCUCAGAGGCCAUGGUUGGACUAAGAAAUGACCACAGCAUGAUUUUCAAAGACUUGGAAGGAGCUUCUGCUCGAGUGAACCUGGUGGAAAGAGAACUGGAAUACGUGGAGACCCAGAAUUCUCCACGGGCUUGUGCGAACAGGGCUGACAAAGUGAUAGAGCAGGAGGCCUGGGGUCGGCAGGAGAGAGAUGAGGUGGAGGUGGAGGACGACUGGGAGGAGCUGCAGUCCAGAGUCUCUGACUGUGUGGAAAUAAUCUCUGGCUUCAGAUCUGUGAAGAUCCUAAAGAGAAUAGGCAGCCACAAAGGGAUGUGGACCAGAGAUCCCAAGUCCUCCAAGGUUUACAUCUUUAAUGGCACAUCAGGAGACACAGUCUAUGAGUUCAAAUCUAUUCGUGACUUUUCCAGAUCCCUGGGAGUGAUGGGGAGCAGGACAAUCCACCUUCCGUUUGAGUGGACCAGUCCUGGAAGUGCUGUUUAUGAUGGUUAUUUGUAUUACAUAAAGCAGAAGACUGAUACAGAUGUGCAGGUGGUCAAAUAUGACCUGAGGAGUGGUUCUGUGACAGACACAGCCAUGUUCCCUAUGGAGAGGCAUGCUAGUCUUUACACUUUGAAUCCUGAGACUGUUGCAGAUCUUGCAGUAGAUGAUGAGGGCUUGUGGCUCCUGUUCACCCCCACUGAUAGUGAACCAAACAUUAGCCUUGCAAAGAUGGACACCGCCACGCUCGAUAUAGAACAAAUCUGGGACACCCGGUGCCCGCGGGACAAUGCAGAGGCAGCUUUUGUAGUCUGCGGGACUGUCUAUGUCGUUUACAACACCCUCCUGGCCAGCCGAUCUCGAGUUCAGUGUGUGUAUGACGUAAAUGACAUGAUGGUCAGUGAAGAGGCUCCACUGCUUUACUUCCCUAGGAGGUAUGGAGCUCAUGCUAGUUUGAAAUACAACCCUGAAGAGAAGCAAGUUUAUGGCUGGGAUGAUGGCUACCAAAUCAUUUACAGACUGACUAUGAAGAGGAAAUUAUUGGCUUGACAGAAGAGAAUUGAUAUUCAUGUAAAAUACAAAGGAAGGAUAGGAACAGUACAUUUCUUCAAUCUAUUCACCAUAUAUUUGCUUUGAAAAGAAUAAUCCAUGUCUGUAUUUUGAGCAUUUGGUUGCUGUGCAAUUAAAGCUUUAGUACUGCAGAUACCACAUUUGUAACAUGGUAACAUUUAGAUUUUUCCCCCCAAACUGGAUAUACAGUGGUGCAAAAAAUAACUUUUACAUAGUUAUUCUGUUUCUGCUCCGUCACUCUUAACGUUUCAGAUUAUCAAACAAACUUUAACCUCUGACAAACAUACCCCAAAAAUUAGUUUUCACAUGAUGAUUUCAUUUAUUAAGUAAAAAAAAAGUAACAGCCCCUAAACUUGAUAACUGGUUGCACAAUCCUUGGUUCCGUUGAGUAUUUUUGGUAACUGGCCUUUCACAUUUCUGUGGAGUAAUUUUGACCUACUCUUCUUUGCAGAAUUGUUUUAAUUCAGCCACAUUUGGGGGGUAUUCUCAAUUGGAUUUAAGUCCAAACUUUGACAAGACCACUGCAAAGUUUGUUUUUACUUGGACCUGCCUGUUGUGCUCUAAAUCAUUGUCCUGCUACAUAACCUAAGUGUGCUUGAGCUUAACCACAGGUCCCGACAUAUCAGUUUUCUCACAUUCUGUAUUUCCAUCUGUCAUCCUUGGUGAUCGCUCUUCUGUCUACUGUUAACACAGAGAAGAACAGGAGGAACCAACUUAAGUUAUCACAGACUCUCGAACUUACAAUGAUGGAAUCAUGUUUGAAGCCACAAGCUUUAUGCUGUACUUGGCCCUCAACCCUGUAUUUGUAAGGAAUAGGGGGUCCCUAUUGUUCCUGUGGAGUUAGAGAUGUUUGUGUGUCUGUAUGUGUGUGGCGGGGGCACACUUACUAUUAUUAUUAUACACCAAACCAAUUUAUUAACCAUAACAAUGUGCAGAUGUAUUUUGUUUGACAGCAUUUUCAGGUCUUCUAAACAAGUAAUAAAAAAAUCAGCAAACAAUUGCAUAGUUUUGUCUGUUUUAAAUAGAUAGAAUUUAAAUGAGAAGAAAAGCAUAAAAAUGCUAUAAUGUCCAGUUUGAUGUGUUCAGAUGAAAACAGACACAGAAACAUUAAAAGUACUUAUGUUGUCAAAGUGGGUUGGCAUUUACUGUGAAAUCCAACAUCACCAUCUGUUUGAGUUUAAAAAGUUCCGCUUUGCUUGUUCUGACGAAUAAAAAUGUGUCAGCAUUAAUGAUUUAUGGAAACUAUUGUGAUUCUGUAGUGAGAUGUCAUACUUGGUCAAAUUACUUGAUUUAGACUGAAAGUCUAACUUUAAGAUUUGGGAUUUCAUUCUGGAUUUGAAUAUUUUGUAUCUGAAUUUGAAUUGGAACCUGCGUGGCUUGCUACAAUCUUGACCUCAUAGCUGAAAGGAAAGACUUCAGAUUUACCUUUGACUUGCAAAACAACGACUUGGUUCCACCUCUGGUCUAAAUGUAAAGAAAAGGAUUUUGGUCAAUGUCAAGUCUAAUCAAGUCUCUAAAAUAUGUGUGAGGCUUUUGAUUCACCCCCAUUUUAUGUAGUGUGUGUGAUGGCAUUAAGGGUGUAGAGUUCCCACUAUUUUACUGUGUCAGGAUGGGAUAAGUCACUUUUCUUGUAACGCCAUAUCCUUCAUUUAUGCAGGUGGGUCCUACUGAGACACUGGGUCUCAUUUUCAAGAAGGAACUGUUGUUCCAUACUUCUCCAUUAUAUUAAAAUAUGUUUCAUAAUCUGAAACAUUUAAAAGUGAUAUAAAAGAUAAGAAUAAAAAGAAAUAUGACAAAAAUAGAUGAUAAUCUGUUAAAUAACAAAUAUUUUUUCAUGACACUGUAAUUCAGACUGCUGUCAGUUUAGCAUUCAGCCUCCUGAGGUGAGGGAAUUUAAUCAGUCCAAGAAGAGCGUCUACAUAGCUUAGCCUAAGGUAAGGUUACGUUAUUCUUGGGUUAUUGAUGCACUAUUUAGCACUUGUGCAUAUGUGAAAUAGAUGUGGAGUCUCACAGCCACAACAUUGAAGUUUUUGAAAUGCCACAAAAACCUUUAGCUGGAGAUCAAAUUGCGUACGCUACAGUAUCAUACGCAUUAAAAGGUGAUGCUGGAGCAUUUUUUUUUACCUAAGCCAGUGUAUCUUUUUAUGAGACUAAAACCCAAGGAAGAUACACAAUUAUGUGAUAGGGUAUAAGCAUAGGAAAUGCAUGGGGAAUCCCCGUGAGACUAUAUUUCAAUUUUGUUGAAAUUCCUCACAAUGAUAAUAGUAUUAGAAAAGACUGUUCAUGUAAAAACAUGUGUAGUUAGUUUAUUCCAAUAUAUAACUGGAACCAACUGACUAGCUUUUGAACUGCUGAUGAAUUGUUUUCUUACAUUUUGUAUGCACGUUAUAAAGAAACCUAAAAUGAAUUCAUUUUAUUAAAGGAUGACAAGUCUUUGGUCUGUGA